CCGGGUAAAAUCACCAGCCAGCGAAGAUGCUGUUGGACUUGUCUGAAGAGCAUAAAGAGCACUUGGCCUUCAUACUGCAAGUGGACAGCAUGGUGAUCGCUGAGUUUGGGCGGAUUGUGGUAGAGUUCCUGAGGCAAGGCUCUAACCCUAAGAUCUACGAAGGCACCACCAGAAAACUCAAUGUGAGUAGUGACAUUGUCCAGCAAGGGGUGGAAGGAUUAACAUAUCUCCUUACUAAGAGCUCAGAGCUCAUGAUUUCUGAACUGGAUUUCCAAGAUUCUGUUUUUGUUCUGGGAUUCUCUGAAGAGUUAAACAAAUUGUUGCUUUGGCUUUAUGUGGACAACAGGAAAGAAAUCAGAAAGAUUCUAAGUGAAUUAGCACCAGAUCAUCCCAAUUACCAUAGCCUUGAAUGGCAACUGGAAGUUCAGCUUGCAAGCAGAAGUCUCAGGCAACAGAUUAAACCAGCAGUGACUAUUAAGCUACAUCUUACUCAUAAUGGAAGUCAAAAUACCAACGUCUUGCAGACAGACCCAGCCACCCUGCUCCAUUUGGUUCAACAACUGGAACAAGCGCUGGAAGAGAUGGAAACAAACCACUGUAGGAGAGUUGUCUGUAACAUCAAGUAG